ACCCACUGUCUUCUUUCUUUGUUUCCUUUAUUCCUUAAUAUAAUUAUUAAUUCUUUUUCAGCUUUUUUUAAAAUAUAUAUUCACCUUUUAUAUAUAUAAAAAAUAAAAUGUUUAUUUAUUUUUUCUAGUCAGUCCCACUGUCCCUUUUUUCCUUUGUUGCUUUCUUUCACUUCCUGCCUGGGAUUCUGAUUUCUCCAUUUUUCUGUUCACUGUCUCAAUCCCUUAGAUGGUCAUAGCCAGAGGAGAUUUCAAGUUGUGGGUCUAAGAGUGUGGGCACAUCAUAAAGGCUACUUUCAAUCCAUGAGACACCUCAAUGAGGAAGCUAGUAGCAGUAACUUACCCUUUUAUUAUAAUAAUGACGAUAGAGCCUUAACGAAUGGGCAAUAUCAUAAUUAUGGUUUCAUGUCAAGAUCGAUGACGGAUUCAAAUCAUAGUCACGAGAAGGAUACAGUCAAGCAACAGAUGAUUGAACAUGAGGCCGUUUUCAAGAACCAGGUUUUAGAACUUCAUCGCCUUUACGUUAUCCAAAGGGGAUUGAUGAUGGAAGAAGCUAAAAUAAAGGAACCAAAGACACAUUGGCUGCUGCCCUCAAAGGAAAAUCAUGGUUAUGCUAAGACAGCUGUGUCUACCACCAACAUUGCUAACUCUCCCUUGAGUUCUUCAAAGGGAAACACCAUUCAGUUUGAUGGUGUAUGCAGUUUGGAUUAUAGACUGUCAAAGUUUCCUAAAAAGUUACCAUUUGAUCUUGAGCUCCCAGCUGAUAAUUACAUUGAUCUUGAACUGGAAGAAAACUCAUCACGUCAUCCUAUAGAUAAUGGUUUAUGUAAUAAGGCUACUACUCAACAGAGUAGCAUGAAGAAGUUUUUCCCUGAUGGACAUGACACUGCUGAUCUCAACCAACCUGCCCGUCUUGAUUGCACUAACCAUACAGAUUUUAAAAGUUUAAUUGUUAAUCCAUUUUUGGCUUCAUCAAGUGAAGGGAUCUUGAAGUGUCAUCAUGGAAGCUCUAAUGUUUCCUCAAAUAAUCUUUCUAUGGGAAGCCAUGGAAAACAGAGAGAAUUGCUUCAUUGCACAUAUGAAGCAGGUAGUGCCCUUUCUCAAGGUCACAUUAAGAGUAAUCUAACUCAAGCAGCUGACGGUCGUGAACGAAAUAUGUUACAAAUGCAUUCACAUGGCAUUAGGAGUGACUGGUGGCUAGAAAAGAAGGGUGGUGUACAAACCUUUGAGAAGGUUCGCAACAAUGUUCUUGAGAAACCCAUUGCAAACUCCAUGUUUUCUACUUCUUCGCCUCAGCUUGCUAAUUCCUCACAAUGUGCCAAUUCACGGUCACAAUCUGCAUCGCCUUGGGGAAAGCUGUCAAGUAGUUUAACUCACAAUGUGUCAUCUUCUUCUCAUAAAAACCCAAGAUGUGAUGUUCCUCUUGGGGAUGCCUUCACAUCGGAUUUUUCAGACAAUAUAAGGACAUCUGUGGGUGAUUGCCACUCUAGUAGAACUAAUUGGUACAAGAAGUUUCUAGUGAGCUUAAAUGUCAUUCAUUCCAAGCACCCUAGAGAUUUGGAUCUCAACAAGGCAGCCAUAAGUGAGGAGGAUGUAGAGACAUCAGCCAUUGAUUCCUCAGGCGAAGGAAAAGCCAAAAACGAAAAGAAGAAAGCCGUCAUGAUUGAUAUCAAUGUUGCUUGUGACCUUUCACCAGAACAGCUUGUUACAGAAAGAGAAGGGUUGGAUUUUGGACCUUCCAGAAAGAGAAAAGUUUUUGACUUGAACUCGUGUGUUACAGAGGAAGACGAGGACACAUUAGUACCUUCUGUUGUUGCAAGCAAUAAUAAUAAUAAUGAUAAUGAUAAUGUCAAAACCGUGUUGGACAUUGAUUGGGAAGCUCCUUUUGUUUUGGAUUCUGAGGAAGAAGACAAUCCACCCACCACCAUGCAGACAGAUGACCGUGGUGCAGCGGAAGCAAUAGUCGCAUUAUCAACAGAAACAAAAUGUGAAAUUCCACCUGAAGAUCCUCUUGCAGAAACACUAAGGUGGUUUGCUGGCAUAGUAGCCACCUCUUCAGCCAAAGAAAGAAGAGGCUGCCCAUCUUAUGAUUCCUUUGAGAUGAUGACAUUACAGCUAACAGAGACGCAGGAAGAAGAAUACAUGCCUAGAAACCCUUUUUACAUUCCUAACCCUGAAAACAUGGGGGGAGAUGGAGAAGAAUCAGUGGGUGCAAGAACCCGGAGGAGGGGGAGGCAGCGCAGGGACUUCCAGAGGGAAAUCCUUCCGAGUUUGACCUCAUUGUCAAGGCACGAAGUUUCUCAAGACUUCCAGACAUUCGGACGACUGCUGAGUCACUGUUCAUCUGGGUGGAGCAGGAGGAGUGGGACCCGGAAAAGGCGAUGGGAUCUGGAAGAGGAAGAAGAAGAGGAGGAGGAGGAGAGGGAUAAAAGGCUAACAGGAUGGGGAAAGACAACCAGACGGCGUAGAAGGCAGAGAGGCCCUCCUGUCAUCCCUGCCCCCUUAACAACCUAAAUGAAUGAACGACCUAAAUGCAUGGUUGUUGCGCGACAUGUGUUUAUACUGAUAUGUUGUUUCAUAGAGGGUGGUGAAAGAGACAGUAUCUGGGAAUUGGAGGAAUGUUGUUUUUGUACAUAUAUAUACAUGCCUUCGUAGCAGUCGACCGUUCGUGGUAGUUUUUUUUA